CGUCAUCGCUGCGUCCUCGGGGUCAGUGGGGUCAGUGGCCUCAGCUCGGCCCCGCUGCUCGGCCGGGUCCGGCCCAGUGUGCCCCGGCGGCCAAUGGCGGCGGGCCCGGCCCAGCCCGGCCCGACCCGACCCGACCCCCGGCGGCCAAUGGCCGAGGAGAGGCCCCGCCCAGUGCCCCGAGCAGGCCCGGCCGCCGGCGGUAGAGGGGUCGGGUGGCUGAAGAGGCGAUGGUGCGGUGGCAGGACAUGGCUCUGGAGGAGCUGGAGGAGCAGUACUCGCCCAGCCGCUGGUCCCGCCGCAUGGACAGCGAGAGCGUCAUCCAGGCCCACAUCGACGUGAUGACCGCAGGAACACAGAGGGCUCAGGCUGCUGCACGGACCUCACUGCACGUCCCCUAUGGAGAUGGGGACGGGGAGAAGCUUGACAUUUAUUUUCCCACGGACUCUUCUGAAACCUUCCCGGUCUUUGUCUACAUCCAUGGUGGAUACUGGCAGUGCUUGAGUAAGGAUGCGUCGGGUUUCGCAGCCCCCACACUGCUGUCGCAGGGCGUUGCAGUUGUGGCUGUGGGUUACGACAUCGCUCCCAAAGGUCACAUGGAUGCGAUGGUGCUCCAGGUGCGACGCAGCCUUGCCUUCCUGGUGAAGCAAUACCACAGGAUCAGGGGUAUUUACUUGUGUGGACACUCGGCAGGGGCUCACUUGGCAGCCAUGGUCUUGUCCACGGACUGGACAGAAUUUGGAGUGGUUCCAGAUAUCAGAGGAGCUGUUCUGGUGAGUGGUGUGUAUGACCUGGAGCCCCUUGUGCACACCUACGUGAACAGUGCACUGAACAUGAGCCUGGAAGUGGCCAAGAGAAACAGCCCCAUCCUGUGUGUCACACAAGCAGUUCCUGUGGCUGCAUCCUGUGAGGUGCUUGUGGCUGUGGCCCAGCAUGAUUCCCCAGAGUUCCAUAGGCAGUCACAGGAGUACAGCCAGGCUCUGCGCUCGGCUGGUUGGUCUGUCUCUCUGUUGGAUCUUGCCAGUGUGGAUCACUUUGACAUCAUUGAGAAGCUGUCAGAGGAAACCUAUGUCCUCACUCAGGUGAUCCUGAACAUGAUUGCAAGAGCUUGAUGACAUGCUGGAACAAACUGGAGAUGCAAACCACAGCCCUGUGCAGUGACAGGCAGCCUUCAUGCACCCUGCCCUGUGGGUAGAUGAGCCUCCACUGCUCCUGCCAGCUGUUCUCAGAGCUGGACCAUCUGCAGGGUGCAGGGCUGCCUGCCUGCUGUGGGUCUGUCUGCUGACUGGAUGUUGAAGUUUGUUCCUUGAAGCUGCUUAUUGCCAAUACAAAAUAAAAUAGGAAUAAGUGC